AUGGUAAACAAUACAACUCAAGAUAUUCAAGAUUCGAAUGAAGAACUCAAGGAAAUCAUCAAUUAUUGCGAUCGAUUUCGUGAGAAACUUGUUGAAGAAAAAGAAGAUUCACAAGAUCAUUCAUUAAUCGAACAAAUCAAUGCAUGGGAAGACGAUUCAAUCAAGAAGAUUCAACAAACAGCAGAACGAUGUCGAGAACUCGUGGUUGAAUAUCGAGAAGUCUAUUUUCAAAACAUUGAACAAAGAUUCAGCCGAUUAUCCGAACGAAUCGUACAAACUCAGAAGGAAAACAAACUUGAUGAAACAAAUUUGAAUGAAUUCAAAAGAACAUUGAUGGCUCUCGGUAAAAGGUUGACUAAUCCAAUCAUCAUUUCGAUUCAGAAACACGCGCAAUUAUUUAUUCAUCCGAUUUCGAUUAUUUCGUCAAAAACUUCAACAGAUAUUUCGUUCAUUAUGAAAGAUCGGCCAUUAACAAAUCAAAAACCAUUAGUUCAGCAAGACGAAUCAACUUUCGAAGAAUAUGGAAAUAUUCUUACCGGUGAAAAUGGAAAAGGAGAAGAACUGAAUCAGCUCUGUCAUCCCGGUGGUAUCUUUGUUGAUAAGAAUAAAACUAUUUUUAUUGCUGAUUGGGGAAACAAUCGUAUUGUUGAGUGGAAAUACGAUGCAAAACAAGGACACGUCAUUGCAGGCGGAAAUGGGCAAGGCAAUCAAAUGAAUCAAUUAUAUCGACCGACGAAUGUCAUUGUCGAUCAACAAAGUCAGUCACUUAUUAUUGCUGAUUCAAUGAAUAAACGCGUCAUUCGAUGGUUUAACGGUCAAACACAAGAAAUUCUCAUUGAGAAUAUCUGUUGUUGGGGUUUAGCAAUGGAUAAAAAUCGGUUUCUCUAUGUUACCGAUACAGAGAAAAAUGAAGUUAGAAAAUGGAAACUAGAAAAGAUUAUAGAAAACAAAGAAGGAACAUUAGUUGCGGGUGGCAAUGGAAAAGGAAAUCAACUUAAUCAAUUUAAUCAUCCUACUUUUAUUUUUGUCGAUGAUCAUCGAUCUGUUUAUGUAUCAGAUUCGAAAAAUCAUCGUGUGAUGAAAUGGACAAGAGAUGCAGGUGAAGGAAUCAUUGUAGCCGGUGGAAAUGAUGAAGGAAGCGACCUGAAUCAAUUGUUACAUCCUCGAGGAUUACUUGUUGAUCAAUGGGGGAAAAUCUAUGUCGCAGAUUGGGGCAAUCAUCGAAUAGUGCGAUGGGAUAAGGAUGCUGCAAAAGGUGAAAUAAUUGUCGGUGGUAAUUGGAAAGGACAUGGUUUAAAUCAAAUGAAUAGUCCUUGUGGUUUAGCGUUUGAUUUCGAAGGCAAUCUUUAUGUUGCCGAAUGGAGAAAUCAUCGAAUCGUUCGAUUUGACAAGUCCGUUGAUAAACCUUUUAAUGGAAAACGAAAAAAAUAUUAG